AUGGUUAGAUUGGUCUCAAAUUCCUUCAUCCAGGUUCUUGUUUCUAUUCUCGACAAGCUAAAAAUAAAGAAAAAGGCUAAAAAACCAGAUUGGUCUCAACUUGCAAAGGAACUUCUUCAACUAAUAUCCGAAAGACUAGACAGUGAACUCUAUCGCCUUCGCUUUCGUUCAGUUUGUUCCUCGUGGCGCUCUUCUUCAAGCCCUAACUACCAUCAAAACCAUUUACCCUUAAAGCUUCCAGAAUUCUCAAACAUCGAAAACAACUACCUCAUUAAACACAAUAUGUUUCUCAUCAAAUCACCUACAAACUCAAUCCCUUGGUUGAUUAGAGUCGGUCCAAAAUUAAACGGCAAAACUCAUCUCUGGGACCCUAGAGACAUUUACUACACAUUACCUUUUUAUUUACAAAUACAUUUAAAUUUGGCCCUCGACUUAAACAAACUCUCCAUCAUCGAUCUCGGACAUGUGUUUUACAUCCACGACAGUGGUCCUGGUAGCUAUGUCUAUCCUAGAAAGGUUAUCGGUGUCGGGGAACAACCUCUAGCUAUUGUCACAUGCGAGUACUCUGGUGAGCUAAUUAUUUUCCGUUGCGGGGAUGAUCAUUGGACAAAUAUGCCCGAUGUCCCAAAUGUGGAAAAAUCACAUGGAGAUAUUUGCAAUUUUAAAGGGAGGCCUUGUGUAAUAGAUAGAACCGGUCGGACUAUGAUGAUCGAAUCAGACUUGACUGUUCAUUUGGCGGCUGAACCUUGUUUUGGUGGCGAUACUAAAUUCUUGGUAGAGAGUAAGUGUCGGUUGUUGCAUGUGGAUAGAUAUGAAAGUGAUGGUAGUAGUGGUAAUGUAAGGAUUGAUGUGUUUGGGCUCGAUGAGAAGGAGAAGAAUUGGGUUAAAUUGCCUAAUUUAGGGGAAGGUUGUUCGUUUUCUGCUUCUGCUUCGGAUUUGGGUGUAGCGAAUGGGAAUUGUGUAAUCUUUUGUGCAGGUGAUAUGAGUGUUUUUCACUUGGAUCAAGGUCGGAUUUCACCUUUGUCUGAUUAUCCAGAUUAUGUUAACUUAUUCUUAUGGCCACCUCCAAAGUGGAUCUCGGAUGCAAUAAAAAAGUAUGUUAUUUUACAGUGA